AUGUCGAUGAUGCCCUCGCUGAGGUCCUCCGUGAUUACUGGGUCUUUGGCCAAGGUGACCAUGCGCAGGGGCCGCUGGAGGAGUCCCGCAGGAACGCAGUUCCCGGCGGGGUUGAGACAGCUGAUUUUCCGCUUUGUAGAUCGCAUCCAAGGCUCAAGUUCCGACCUACGAGUUGUCAGCCGUCAGUACUGGUGCCUAAGUGCUUCGAAGUUGACGCUCAUGUCUUCGGCCCCAGGCGAUGGCACGGAAGGUUGUGUGCUCGCAAACAGACUGAGCACUGACGAAGGCGUAUCAGUACUUUCCGUGGGACGGGGCGGGGUAGAGGACAACUGGAUCUCUCAAAUUCCUCUAUUUGCCCAGAUUUUAAGGUCGCCACGGAUCGUUCGCUUACACGUGCAUGGAACCGUCCCGCAAGAGCGUGCGGAUGAACGCGUUAUCGAGCUCACAGACGGCAAAUCUCUGGGCGGGGCAUCCAAGAUUAACGCAAUGUUGUAUACGCGAGGACUACCGGCCGAAUUCAAUUCACGGAGUGCCGCAAGCUGCGAAGACCGCUUACGUGCAGAUGAUUCCCACGGAACAUCGGGUAUCAUCAUGGAGGCUGUUAAAAGCCUUGAUAUCCCGUACAUCGAUGAUUUGAACUCGCCUUCACAUCCGUCGCAUGGAUGCGCCAAAAUGCACUACACCAUUGACGGGUCGAGAAGACAUAGCUCGACCCUCAGUGCAUUCCUGCCACAGAAACUCGUCAACGAGCGGCGAAAUCUGCAAUUUGGUAUUGGUCCAGCGGAGCAUCUCAAAAACCAUGCAAAGGCGGUGAUCAAGGACAAUGCGGCUGUCCGUGCCCAUAUGCAAGAUCAUAUGUUCAUCCUUCUCUACAUGUUCUACGGGAUAGGCUUACUGCUCGCUCCUGUCCUUGAAAUGUCUAUCUUCGUUCAAUCUCGCUUAUUCGACUCCGACUUCCGCAUUAUUACGCACGACCUGGUGUCAUCCAAGUCGAAGGGAGACGGUGGCCUAGUAUUCCUUGCUAUAGCGCUCCGACCAACUUCAUUGGGCACCGUCCGCCUUGCUUCCAGCCAUCCUCUCGACGACCCAAUCAUCGACCCGCAAUACUUGUCAACUGAGCAUGAUAGGGUCAUAAAGCGUAAGACUGUGCGACUCGCAUUGUGGCUGGGAAAACAGGUUGCGGCCCAAGGGUAUCCUAUCAUCAGCUUCGAGGUGCCUGCCAGCGAGAAAGACGAAGACGUUGAUGCAUUCGUCAGGAAAUGGUGUCAUACAUCUUUUCAUUACACAUCUACCUGCAGGAUGGCGCCGGAAAGCGAGAACGGGAUAGAUGGGGUGGUGAAUGACCGUUUGCGGGUACACGGAGUCCGGGGCCUGCGUAUUGCAGACUCAAGCAUAUUUCCUCACAUUCUCAGUGCUCAUACCGCAGCUGCAACUGUAGCUGUCGCCGAGAAAUGUGCGGACAUGAUCAAGGAGGAUCGGGGCUCAAAGGAGGCGCAGUCUGUCUCGCAAUUUGUUUACUAG